CAUUGAGGUGUUAUGAAGACAAGAGCUUCCAGCCACCCCACCAAGCAAGGGGCGGGACAAGAUCCCGUAAUGGUGUAGUCUAGUGUGAGCAAAGCUAGAACAAUGGGAACACAGGAUAUUCACACCUCCUCAAUGGAGUGUUACAAAAAGAAACCUGUCUGGAAAGCUUCACUAGUCAUUCUAUCGAGGUCAAGUUGAUUCGUUAUAUGUCAAUGACCAUCUUUUUCUUCGAAAGGGGCAAGUAAACAAUUGUUCUUUGUUCCGCAGCUCAUGCAGAUGCCAAGGUGGCCCAAGCUUUCGGAUCUUCGGUGACGACACUGACUCGAUCUCACCGAGUGCCACUAUGAUUCUGCAUCUGGACUGAGACAAACUUCACAACAACCAACAUGGAAAUUUGGCAUUGUAGGUAGCGGCGUAUGCCGCCUCGUGAUCCCCAACAACAAAUACUGCCACCCAACAGACCCGAAUCAUACAGCAGCACAUCAAAAUGUCCACCCUUGCGACAACAGCAGCCGGCACCCUCCGAAUGCGGAUUCCCUACCGAGAGCUGCCUCCCCCGACCACCAUCAUACCUGCCACCGCCACGACCCUGCCCGGCGCCGUGGCUGCUCUCAAGUCAUUCCUCACCACCCCUCCGCCGUCCGGUUUACCCAAUCGAACUGUCAUCCUCACCGGUGCCGGCCUUUCCGUGGCCAGCGGCUUAGCCGACUACCGUGGCGUCAACGGCACCUACCGGGUCAACAAGGACUACAAGCCGAUUUUCCACCACGAGUUCCUCGCCAGCCACGAGACGCGACAGCGAUACUGGGCACGAAGCUACAUCGGAUGGAGGGGUCUGGGACGGGCCGGCCCGAACCCGGGCCACUACGCGAUCCGGGACCUUGGGAAUCUACUCACCGAGCGCUACAGCGGUGACCGAAACAACAAAAGCAUUACGGGUGUAAUCACACAGAAUGUCGAUUCCUUCCACAAAAUGAGCCAUCCCGAUAUACAAACCGUCGAAUUGCACGGAACUCUAGCCUCGGUUGUUUGUACAUCGUGCCGGAACCAAUUUCCUCGAGACGAGUAUCAGACCACACUGGCCAGGCUCAACCCGAUUUGGGCUGAUUUCCUUCGCGAGGCGCUGGCAUCGGGAGCCCUGGAGACGGAGGACAUUGAAGAACGGAACAAAAAGGGUAUCAAGAUGAACCCAGAUGGUGAUGUGGACCUAGCCGAGGCACCUUACACCACGUUUCGUUACCCAGCAUGUCCGUCAUGUUUGAAGGAGCCGCCACGUCUUGCGGAUGGCACCAAGACAUGGGUAGAAAUCGACAAAGAUGGUGCAUGGAUACCGUCCAGUACUGCGGGAGUUUUGAAGCCGGCAGUAAUCAUGUUUGGAGAGAGUAUAAGCGCCGAGGUCAAGGGCGAGGCGGAAAAGGCCAUUGACAAUGCCGGACGAAUGCUCAUCCUGGGCACCUCUCUCGCGACCUACUCGGCCUGGCGGCUGGCACAGCGAGCGAAGCUCCGAGGAAUGCCUAUAGCCAUUGUGAGCAUCGGUGGUGUGAGGCGCGAAGAGAUGUUCUUUGAAGAUCUAGACCCUAAGAUGGCCGGUCCUCAUGGGGUUAGAGUGGAGAUGGCUACUGAACAGCUGUUGCCGGCGCUCGUGGAGGAGCUCAAGACCUCCUUCUCCGGAUCGCCAGUGCCCAACACCUUCUCAACAUCCACCUCUUCACCCUUCUGUAUCCUCUCGACCACCUCACGCAAGGUAUUGAUCCUGACAUCGGCCUGGCGCGAAAAGGCCGCAUAG